CCCUGAGCUUAUACCUUUUGUGCCAGCACAAGUUUAUUCGAAGAACCGAAAUAAGACUUGUGAGGGAAAGGGUUUAACCACAACCUGAAUUACUAACCUAAAAAACUCAGACGGGCACCGGAAAUAUGAACCGGACGUUCCCCCAGCGGAGAAGUAUGGAUGCCUCGUCCUAUGGCUCCACAGUGUCUAUGCUCUCAAGGGAUGAGAAGGAUGCAUGUUGUGGCUGCAGCAGAAAAUGCAUGUGUGUCAUAAGCGUGACAUUACUCCUUCUAAUGAUCAUCGCUGCUGCCAUCGUGUGUGCGGUGGUGCUCGCCAUCCCUGCUCGCACCCCAGAAAGUCGCUACUGUGUCACAUCGGACAACCACACCGGAUUCCUAUGCGAUGACAGGAUAACGUGUCUGCUGCCGUCUCAGGUCUGUAAUUCUGCAAGUGACUGCGGCAAUGGGGAGGACGAAACGACUUCACUGUGCAGUAACCUGCCUGAUAAUUUGCCUGGAUAUUUAAUAUUUCGAUGUGGAAAUCCUCAAAUCUGGAUAUACAGCAACCUGAAAUGUAAUGGCAUUAAUGAUUGUGGAGACUGCUCCGAUGAGUCCCAGGCCUUGGCAUCCUGUUCCUCCUGUCCGAGUAAUUGGUGGCCAUGUACCCCAGUGCUCUACCAGUACUGCAACUGCAUCCCCACUUCUUUGUGUCGCAAUGGAGUCCAAGACUGUGUGAGCUGGUCUGAUGAGUAUAUAUGCCCCUGACAAGACCGGAAGCCUCAUGUACUUCUUCUUGUGAUAUCCUGAUCACCUAGCCUUAUAUUAACGUUUAUGUGAUGUGGACCCCACCCUGGUUACAGGAUAUCAUCUCUUCUGUAAAUGGAGACUUUAGCGUUACAUACAUGCACAGGUCAGAUGCGAUUGUGUGGGACGGGGAGUUACACAUUGCACAGGACAUGGAAGGCUGCACACCAAGUGCUUCUUGCAGGAUCAUCAAUAGCGCUUACACGUAUGUAAUAUGUGGGAAUGAACCAUUUAUA